AAAAUGGAUAAAGUAAAAAAAAAAAGAGGAUCUUGGUUCAAAAUGGAGACCUAAAUUCAGUUUAGUCGUGAAAAGCUCGAUGAAUUAACUGAACCCAACGACAAUGGAAACUUCGAGUGACACUCACUCCACUUCAGCAAAUGAAAACGACACCGUCGUUGUUCAAACGGAACCUUCAACUUCUCACGCCGGCGAGAACGGUUCUGAAACCGAUAACGCCGCCGAUCCCCUCACGAAAAGCUCCGAUGUGUUGGCUAAAGGCUUGUCGUCGAUCCUCUCUUCCGUAAUUAGGGAUUUCGAUUUCAGAGCUCAACAAACUCUCAUCAGCCAAAACCAUCUCUCUUCCUCUAUCGAUCGUCUCACCGGAGAACUUGAUCAGUUACUAGAAGAUGCACCUUUGCCAUUCAUAAUGCAACAUGCAGCCAAGAUAUCCAGUGUUAGGAAAAGAGUUUCAUCCCUGAAUUCACUUCUAAAAUCCAUACAAGGGCGGAUUGAUAAUAUAGACCGCAUUAUGUCAACUGGCACUACUCAGGAGAAAGCAACCACCGAAGGUUCUGGGUGAAUUAUCAUCAGCUCAAUCAACUUCCACUUUUUCCUCGUGUAUGUACCACUACCAUGCAAUGCACCCUUGAGCCCUAAAAAAUCAAAUUUGCUUGGUGUCACAGUUCAGGACAUCAAAUUUGGCAUCCAGUUACUAGCUGUAUUAAAGGUUAUUUUUAAUCAUCAUUUAACUUUUGUUUGAAAUCAAAAAAACAAAAAUCAACCCCCACUGAAUUCUUGUUGUAACUUUUAAACUUCUGGAAAAUGAGGGAAUAAAACAAUUUAUUCACCCAAAAAA